AUGGAUGGAGAGGAGAAAACCUAUGGUGGCUAUGAAGGCCCUGAUACCACGUAUGUCAAAUUGAUAUCAUCUGAUGGCCAUGAAUUUAUUGUAAAAAGAGAACAUGCAUUAACAUCAGGCACAAUAAAAGCCAUGUUGAGUGGCCCAGGUCAAUUUGCUGAGAACGAAACCAAUGAGGUCAAUUUUAGAGAGAUCCCUUCACAUGUGCUAUCAAAAGUAUUAUGCAUGUAUUUUACGUACAAGGUUCGCUACACUAACAGCUGCACUGAGAUUCCUGAAUUCCCAAUUGCACCUGAAACUGCACUACAACUGCUGAUGGCUGCGAACUUCCUAGAUUGUUAA